CAAAUGACAGAAGAAGUCCAUUCCAAAAUUCCCAAUCAGGCCCAAAUUCAGAAGCACGUGCAGAUCACGUGACUGCGAGUUGUCCAAACAAUCAAGCAGAGCAUGGAAUAAUCCUCGCUCGUACCAAUUCUAUUCUAUUCCGAUUGUUGGGGGUAAUUUCUUGUUCAAUUUUCACACAGAAUCAAUCUUACCGAGCAAUAUUCCUAUAAUCUAUAGAUGUUUGUAUAUCUGUGCAUGUAUACGAAAUGUGCGUGUAAUACUUGAAUAGUAUUUGUUAGUUCUUGAAUCCAAACGGAAAAACAAAGGCUCUGGGAUAUGGGCGUGUUAUGUUUUUCCAAAAUUUGUCAUCUUUUUGGAGAAUGUUUGAAACCCAGUUGAAUUUUUGUUCUCCUCAUCCUGUGUCCUUUGUUUUACAGAAUAUAUUAUGCACAUGCCAAGAUCUUUCGCUUAGAAUAUAACGAGUGCCUUUAUGAAGCAUGGGGGUGAAGGACAUUAGUGCCUUGAUAGGCUUUGCACAGUUAAUUUCUCUCGAUGUAGAGUGCAUUUACCAAUCAUUCUUGAUUAGUCAAAAACUGAUCCUAAUUUGGAUGUCUGGAUAAGAUGACGCUCUCAGAAUGCUGACAUAUCUCGCCUUUAGGAUAGUACGUUUGGAAGCUGUUUUCACCAACCAACAAAUCACAAUCGCUUAAGAAAGAAAUAAUCUAUAUUCAAGGUAUUGCAUGGUUAUGUCUGGACUUAUUGAAGGCCUUCCUGAUGCUGUCGCCCUCAGGUGCCUUGCACGGGUUCCCUUCCAUCUUCAUCCAAAGUUAGAACUUGUUUCGCGUUCCUGGCGAGCUGCCAUUCGGAGCACUGAACUCUUUAAAGCCCGUCAAGAGGUGAACUCAACUGAGGAAUUUAUAUGUCUUUGCUCAUAUGACCCUGACAAUCUAUGGCAGCUUUAUGAUCCUGCGUGUGACCUUUGGAUUACUCUCCCAGUUCUUCCUUCAAACAUCAGGCACCUUGCCCACUUUGGGGCUGUCUUUGUUGGCGGAAAGCUUUUUGUGCUGGGUGGUGGAAGUGAUGCUGUGGAUCCUUUGACCGGUGACCAGGAUGGAAGUUUUGCUACUGAUGCGGUAUGGUCAUACGACCCAGUAUCUCGGCAGUGGGCCCUACGCGCAUCUAUGAUUGUGCCUCGUGCAAUGUUCGCAUGCUGUGUGAUGGAUGGGAAAAUAAUCGUGGCAGGUGGUUUUACUAACUGCAGGAAGUCUAUCUCUAAAGCUGAAGUCUACGAUCCUGACAAGGAUGUCUGGGUUUCAAUACCCGAUCUUCACCGCACUCACAAUUCUGCAUGUACAGGAGUGGUUAUUGGGGGUAAGGUUCAUGUCUUGCACAAGGGAUUGUCAACUGUGCAAGUUUUGGACAGUAUUAAGCUGGGUUGGACUGUUCAUGACUAUGGGUGGCUUCAGGGUCCAAUGGCAGUCGUUAAGGGGAAGCUAUAUGUAAUGAGUCAUGGCCAAAUUUACAAGCAGGAGAGGGAAUUUAGCAAGUUAGUAGUUUCAGCAUCUGAGUUUCGUCGCAAGAUUGGUUUCGGGAUGAUAGGGCUGGGAGAUGAUAUUUAUAUAAUUGGAGGAGUUGUAGGGCCUGACAGGAUGUAUUGGGAUAUCAAGGUGACGAAUGAUGUUGAUGUUCUGUCGCUUGGAAAUGAAAGACCGGUUUGGCAUCAGGCAGCUCCUAUGACACGGUGCAUGGGAACUGUCCUCGGAUGUACACAGCUGAAGAUUUAGGUCUUCGACUCGUGGGAUGGAAGGUAUGCACAGUGCUUGAAAUAAAGAAGAGAACCCGCCCUUUUGGUGGCCUCACUUUGCAUGUAUGCCAUAAAUUGCUGUCCUUCGUUUAGAGUUUGGAUAAACCUUUUUAUGGUUGUCCAAUACCUUUGAAAGAGGCAUCACACUGCUGUUACUUGCAGAAAACAAUGUAUUAGAACGAAGUAACCUUUUAAUGUUCUCGUUUAUUCGAGGUUCGUUUUGUUUCUGUAAUUGUACCCAGAAUUAUUUGUUCUGUAUUUGAUUUUUCCGCUUUUGAGCUUUCUUUAUGGAACUCAUGGAUGGCUAUUAUAUUCUCU